CUGGACCCUUGAGGAAUGAGAAUGAAGAGUGUAGUGUCUCAUCACAUCCAGCUUUAGUACUGUAUACGCACACUAAAAUACUGUUUGCGGGGUCAUCAGACACCUUCAGAGCCUUACAGACAGGAUUUACGCAUCUUUGUGUGCUCACGUAAUUUGAGGGCUAAGAAAUUCCUGCAGCCAGUCGGAUCCCAGGGAUAGCAGCUGGUCGUCCCUCCGCUUGCUGCCGCGGCUGGAGAGUAAGCAGCGCUUUCAUUCAGUCUGAAUUACACAGAGAAAACCGACCAUAUGAGUCUACGGAGGAACACAUGUAACUAACCAGCGGAACGGAACUGUUAAUAGGUGACAUCAGCAGGUGUUGAUCAGGACAGACCCUGAGCCCUGAAGCCAGCAGCUAUUUGCUUCCUGUGUCAGAGGCCCAGUUGGUGGCACUCAUGGACAAUGGAGACUGGGGAUACAUGAUGACUGAUCCGGUCACUCUGAAUGUGGGAGGCCACCUGUACACCACCUCCCUGUCCACACUGCAGCGCUACCCCGACUCCAUGCUGGGCGCCAUGUUCCGCGGAGACUUCCCCUCCGCCCGCGACGCCCAGGGCAACUACUUCAUCGACCGCGACGGGCCGCUGUUCCGCCACGUGCUCAACUUCCUGCGCACGUCUGAGCUCACGCUCCCCACGGACUUCAAGGAGACCGAGCUGCUGCGCAAGGAGGCCGACUUCUACCAGAUUGAGCCCCUGAUCCAGUGCCUGAGAGACCCCAAGCCCCUGUACCCGCUGGACACCUUCGAGCAGGUGGUGGAGCUGUCCAGCACUCGCAAGCUGUCCAAGUACUCCAAUCCUGUGGCUGUGAUCAUCACCCAGCUCACAGUCACCACCAAGCUGCGCCCCCUGCUGGAGGGCGUGGCGAACAGCUUCACCAAGUGGAACAAGCACAUGAUGGACACACGGGACUGCCAGGUGUCCUUCACCUUCGGGCCCUGCGACCACCACCAGGAGGUGUCCUUGCGAGUGCACCUGAUAGACUACAUCACCAAGCAGGGCUUCAGCAUCACCAACACGCGCGUGCACCACAUGAGCGAGCGCGCCAACGAGAACACGGUGGAGCACCACUGGACAUUCUGCAGGCUGGCCCGCAAGCUGGAGGACUGACCCGCCCCUGCCGCCACAGCGCCCCCUGCAGGCCGCAGGCAGGCUCACACCUCAUCCUCACAUCAGCCCACGCUUUGCCUGCCGCCGCAAAGCAUGAUGGGAGGAGCUCUGCUGCAGGUCGCGUUCUUCGCUCAGCGCUGUAUCCUCAACAGAACGCCCCGCGCUUCCUCUGCCUUUCCACAGUGAAGUCUCUGCCAUUCACUGUCACCUGAUCUCCAUUUCAGAAGGCCUUGUCAUGUUGGCUUCAGGCAAAACCCCAAUUUAUGAUUCUGAACUGCGCUGUAAGCAAAAUCAAGCAUUCUAACAUUUUUUUGUUCAUAUGGAAACAAAAAAGUAGGCUGAGUGUUUAAGUAUUUUGAUCAAAAAGAAUGACAAAAAGCCUUUAAAAUCAUGAACCCAUGCCAAGAAAAAAAAAACAUUUUUAUGACCUGCAAAGCCAUAUGGAUAUUUUACCUAUCAAUACAUGAGAAAGUGUUAAAAUAUGCACAGUGCAGAGAGAUACCCAGAGGUGGAUGUUUCUGUUGGUGUUAAUAGUGAGAUAUGAUAGAUGUUCAGUUUUGUGAACUGCAUGCUGCAUAUAGUGAAUAUUGCAUGUGUCCCUCUUAUAAAAGAUGUCUCCUUCUGAAUGGUGACAUUUUGGCAUUUUGUGGAAGCAUUGAUUUAAAAAGUACAAGCCUGUGUGACAGUCAAAUUAGUGUCUGUGAUAUCUGGGGUCCAUGAUGUCAUCUGGGUUUAUUUCUUUGUGAUUCGUUGAAAUGUUAUAUAAGUGGCUAAUUGUCACCAUUAUUCAGACAGCAGAAGACGAGGUCAGUACGGUUGUCAGUGUUGUACAGUGGGUGUCUGUUACAGUAUGAAAGGGAUGUCAUACAUUUAAAAUAGCAUUUACUAUUUAUUUGUAUCACAAUAAAUCAUUGCAUGUGUAUCAUGGAUUUGACAUGCAAAUGCUUUUGCAUUGUGUCAUUGGAAUAUUCAGUACACCAAAAAUGAAUGAACAAAUUUUAGAUUUGUUUUCUGCAAGCUGAUGCUGACCAGUGUGCACGACUGUAGAUUUAGAAACGUGUCACCAUGUUCAUUGGGCAGAUUGUGUCCUUACUCCUCCAUAUUGUAUUGAAACAUGAAUUCCACAUUAAAUGU